AUGGCUGACAAACAGAAGCAGAUAGUUGUUCUUGAUGGAGGAACAGGGAUAGCUUUGAUGGACAUGGGGCAUACAUUUAUUACAGGUCAACCUUUGUGGUCAGCAGCUGUCGUGUAUACUCACCCUCAGGAUUUGAUCAAGCUUCAUGAGCAGUUCUAUGUGGCCGGAGCGGAUGUUGCAGUCACUGCCACUUACCAAGCUUCAGUCGAGGGCUACAAGACAAAGUUUGAUCUCUCAGAUGCCGAGGCCCUCCGGCUGAUCCAGCGUGGGGUGGAACUGGCAAAAACAGCCAGAGACCAGGCAGAAGAGAAAACAGGUCGUCACGGAUAUGUUGCGGCCUCAGUGGGUCCAUAUGGAGCCACUCUGUGUGAUAUGUCUGAGUACCACGGCAGAUAUGCGGACACCAUGACUCGGGAGGAGUUGAGACAAUGGCACCUGCCUCGUUUGAAAGCAUUGGUGGAAUCACAGCCAGACCUUCUGGCCAUCGAGACUAUCCCUGUUGUCAAGGAAGCUGAAGCCAUCUUGGAUAAUCUGCAGGAUUUUCCUGGCACCAAGGCUUGGGUGACCUUCCAGUGUAAGGAUGGCAGCAACACUGCUCAUGGGGAGAGCAUCAAGGAUGCUGUUGCUGCUGUGGUAAACUAUGAUGGUGUUGUGGCUGUCGGAGUCAACUGUGUACAUCCAGAUUUUGUGACGUCACUGCUGCAGAACAUGGCAGAGCUGUCGCUGAGUGUGCCGUUAAUUGUGGAACCAAAUGGAGGAAUGUUUGAUCAUGAUGGCAGGCCAACACCCAAAGAGAAGUUAUCUGAGCAUGUUGAGGAAUGGGUGAAAGCAGGAGCUACAUGGAUCGGAGGUUGCUGCUAUGUAAACCCUCCAGACAUCGCCGACAUGAGGGCAGCUCUGGCUCGGUUGCCAGGAGUCACCUUGCUGCAAAAGGAAAGCAGGUUAUUUUGA